AUGAAGCCAUACAUAGAGACUAAGUUUGUGUCAAACAGACGGAUGCAUAGUCGUCCUUUGACUUCGAGGAAUAAGAGAAUGCAACCUUUGAAAAGUGAUAUAGUGGGCCAAACUAUCAGAGGUCUUAAACUACACCAGCCCAGAGUAACCACUAGAAAUAUAUAUAAAAACCAGGGACUGAAUUCACAAUUCACAGACAGGUUGAUUCACGUUGAAACUUACAAAACUCUGACUGGAAGGGGUUAUUUCAAGGAUCCAGAUUUAAAGAAUAAGAUUAAGAAGUUUAAUGAUAAAAAGGCUAAGAAGAAGCUCAUCAAAGAAGUAAAAUAAUGAAGUAAAGCAGAAGAAAAGGAGAGAGUACAGUCUGCUAUCUCCUAAGAUGAGUGUCGAGCGCCGGAUUCUGGGUAUCAACUGUAAGAGAAGAGAUAUGCUUUCCAAAAUCAAUUCAAAGGUAGUACUAAUACAGAGAUAUAUCAGAGGAUUCUUUGCGAGAAAGUUAGUCAAAGAACUCAAGGAGAAGAAAAGACUUGCCAUAAUUCUGGAGAAUGCCUGGGUGGCACGUAAGAACAAGUGUAAGGAACUUUACUAUUCUAUAGGCGUUAAGAGCCUUCCUAUUAGCAGAGUAAUUGAAGAGACGAUUAAAAAGAACCAAGAGUUGCAAUCCGAGGAGACCAAACAAGAGAAUUCAGAUAUUUUAGUGAGAGAAAAGCAAGAUGCUUUUAGCAAGAUUGACGAUAUGGCUAAAUUUUUCCAAACUUUAAAACGUCAGAAACUACCUGAACUCACAAAUCCUCCCAAGGUUGUUCAAUCAACGAGUAAGGUAGAUGUAUCGGAAGAAGGAGAAGAAGAGAGUGACAAAACUGCAAUCAAGCCUCCUUCAGAAGACAGUAUCAAAGAGGUUGAACAAAUUUUCGAUGAAUUCCAGAAACAGAAAGCUAUGGAAUAUAUGUCAGAAGUUUCUACCAAAGAGAAAAUAAUUUCUGAAAAAGAGAUGUACAAUGCCUUUCUCAAGGUGGAUCAAAACUUUGACUUCAAGAUUGAUAAAGAUGCACUCAAAAGAGUCAUUCAGUGCCGGACAGAGCUAGAUCCAGUAGAGGCAAAUGGAGAACUUCAAAAACUUGAUUUAGAGACUUUCCCACAGAGAGCUAGACUUAAGCCAAUGAAUAUGAAGGAGAUGGAAACCCAGGUUAUCACAAAGUCUCAACACUGUACUUUCCACACAGAUAGUAAGCUUGUAAAGGAGUUUGAGAUAAACAGCAUAAAGCCAAAUGGAGUUUUGCAUUCUUAUAUCAGUCAAGAAGAAAAGCUUGUUUAUGAGAAGUAUAUCAAAGAGAGUCCAAAUCCCCAAAGUUUUGUGAACUGGAUCAUUAAGAACCGCAGGCUGACAACUCCUGAGGAAAAAACUUUAACUAUUUAUGAUUACCCUUCUCAUAUGCCUUACUUCAGGAAGAUCAUGAAGGAAAGCCAGAAUUAUCCAGAAAACCCUACUUAUGGAGUCCAUAAAUAAAUCAAUC